AUCAGUCUGCGUGUAGCCGAAGAAUAAAGCAAGUACCGCGCAGUAUCCGCACGAUUAUCAAAGAAUUAAGGGUUUAAUUAAAGCAGUAUGUGUGAAGGGCCCUCAGCGAUCUCUGGUCCCAUUCCUCCAGACCCCACACUGUUUCCUGAAUAUUACAAACGCCCGUCCUCUGCUCGUGGUCGGCUGGAGGGGAACGCUCAGAACGGCUCGUCUCCUCUUCUGAAGGGUCCGUUAGCACCAGAUCCUGGGUGUUACAGCGCCCGCUGCACCCCUCGACCCCGCAUCGGUGCCAACGCCGCUCACAUCCUAGAGAGAGGACAGAGAGGGGUUGUGGGAGACCUGCUGAAGCUGGAGGGAGUGGCGCUGAACCCCAGUCCAGCCAAACCUAAACCUGCCAUACGGGACUUUGGUAAAGAAAAUGUUCGCAAGCUACGUGAAAUCCAAAAGCGCUUUCGAGAGCUGGAUGCGCAGAGAGAACAUGCCAAACCUAUGCCGGUUAAAGCACUCUGGAUCGCUCCAAAAUACCAGGACGUCUCCUCCAGGGUAAUGGCCCAGUUACAGGAGACGAGCCCUCCUAAGAAACCCGAAUGUCAGAACUUCCUGAAGGCUCACUCUCUGUGUGGCACUGGAGGUCGACCGCUGCUCUGCCGCUCAGAGAGCGGGCCGCCACCAGCUGCAGGAGACUCGGAUUCUGAGAUGCAUGUGAGAGGACACACGGUGGACUUUGUGAGUCAUAACGCUCGUGCCGCGGGGAAGACGAACCUGAGGAGAUCUCAGUCCUUACAGAACCUCCGAGAAAAACCACCACCCAGCGCCGUGAAGGGCAAAGUGCCACAAUAG